AUAUGACCACAGGGCAAAACAACAUCGAAGAAUGACACAUGAGUUGCUUUUCUUUUUCGGAUAAAACUUUGUUUGGUUAGCCAGCUAAAAUAAGAGUUUCAGAGGUUUAUGAAAUAGUUCAUGGGUACACACGUUUGUGCUAGCCGAAACUUUUGGAGUGCCCCAGGGCUGGAUGAAAGCGUGAACAAUUAGUGGUGAGUGUUUUGUUCGGUGGUGGCCACAGACGAACGUCUCUAGGGGCCAACAAGUAUCACACUGUCCGCAUCUACUCGUGCAAAGAAAACGAAACAAGUCGAGUUGUUGCUGUUGCGUAUUGAUAUUUGGCUUCCAUGGAAUCCUAUCGCCACAGCGGGACCGCUGGGUCGGGUGACUCAUCGUCUCGCCGUUACCAGCAGCUCCCCACCAGAUCUGAUCCUGUUCAACAACCUGCUGUUGCUGGAUCGUCUGGUGUCAGGCUGGCAACAGGAACGAGAGAUCCAGCAAUGUUGUUGGUCGGUCCAAGGGGCAGCUCCAGUUCCUCUUCAGCCACCACCACCGAUUACUCGGACAGCUGUUCCAGCUCGGAUUGCAGCUCCACUUCAUCUUGGAGUUCCGAGAGCAUCCCAGAAUGGGAGUCUCACAUAGACGCAGAAGGGGAGCUCUUUUACAUCGAGUUCAGCAGCAACCUGCAAGUGCCAACCCCGACAACAGACACAGCCUGCAGACAACCCAGUGCAGAGGACCGACAAGAAGUUUUGAAGAAAAAGAAGAAAAAGAAAAGUCGUCUGAGUCGCCUGUUGAAAAGGAGAGCAGUCAGUAAUGGCAAUAAUAAAGGAGGGUCCUCUGCCGGAGGCAACGAAAUGGCCUCGUGCGAGAGCCCCGGCGUUUAUUUGCCGACAGAAGCCCAACGUUCGCCUGCAGAUGACUGGUCUGAUUGGACCUCAUUCACCCUAGAACUGGAAGUUCAUCCGACCACUGGAGCGGACGGCAGCUCGUUAAGCAGCGGCAGCACCGGCAGACGGAACAAGGGACCGAAUCAUCUGUGCGAGACUUUACUGGGAUUCGUGCCAGGUGUCACACAAUCGGUCGACUGGCACGGCGAAGUCUCGUUGAGGCAGAGGGUCAUUGUCGACAAACUCACGCCCGGAGGCCCACUUCACCAAGGAUUCGCUCACGUACAGCAAGGUGAUUGGCUGGAGAAACUCAACGGUCAGAACGUGACUCACAGAGAUUUGAACGAUAUUUUAUCCUCCAUCAAUUCCCGUGAAAUUGUCGAGUUGAACUUUAGGAGGAGACCCACAUCCAACGACAACCGCAAUCAGGAGCCGAGUGGAGGUAACGGCGGCGAGACUCCUGCGCCUCCUCACGGCAUUUUCUUGCUCAGUCAGGAGAAUGUGACUGAAGCCUCGGCCGAGACGGCAGACAUCCUUUACCAGAGCAGCAGCAACACCAACCGAGGAGGAGGAGGAGGAGGAGGAGGUACAGACACGAGCAACGGGAUUGAUCCGUUGCUCAAAUGGCGUGGCGCCAUCGUCACGCUGGCUCACUUGAUGCCACAACUGACGGGCUCUGCCCCACCAUCUUGUUCGACUGUUAUCCUCGACGGAAUGAUCGUCCAUCUCGUUUACAUCGUCGAAGGAUCCGUCCUAUUCCUCAUCGGAGCUCCUUCCAUUUGGUGUAGUCGCAUCGAGCUGCAGAUGACGGCCAAACAGCUGGCGUCGCUAUUCCGUUUCCAGUAUGGCUCCAUCCGCAGGGCAUUGACUGAACCGCGACUGGCUGGCGAAAUCCGUCGCAUGGUCGACUCUCUCUUCAAUUGGCUCCAGCAAGGAGCCGGCGCUAGGAGCGUCGGAAAUGCAUCGACCGUUAGCCCCGGGGGCAGUAACGACAUGAGCCGGCCAUUCAAUCGACUCUCCAACUACUUCGUCACCUGCGGCCAAUGGCUCCCGCUACCUCCCGAAAGUCACCUGGACGUGACGUUAACUCUCAACCAAAUGGAAGCCAUCGAUUACGAGGACUGGGAUGAAGAGUCAAUCAGCAUUCAACGAUGCGCUACCAUCACCGGAUCGGCCGUGUAUUGUCAGGGUUAUCUGGUGGCUUCGACAAUGGCAGCCAAGCGACUGGAAGAGAUCGGCACUUUUCUCAAGUGGAACCAGAUCUUGGAGAUGAGCCAUCGCCGUCGAUUGAGCAGCUUGAUUAUCUGGCGCCAAGUGUUCCCAGAGUCUGAAGAUGCUGGAAAUCGAUCCUUUCUUGUCGUCGUCGGAUCGGGUCACAUUCUCGUUGUUGCUCUACUAGAGUCGGGAGGCGUUACCCAAUCGUGGGAUCAUUAUCCAGAUACUUUUCUCAUUGAAGAAAUGCAGUUUUUCCUGCAGGAAUUGCAGUAUCUCGACCUAGAAACGACCUGCAAUCAAAUAUUGAACGGACCGCAGAAUCCGGCCCUGGUAACGAAUCUCAGCCAAAUCUCUGAAUGUUCAACGCCGAUAUCUUCGUCACCCGAGUCGGAAAUGCCGACCUUUAGGUACUUCCGUUGUUUUAUAUCAUCGCGCUCAGCGACGCCCAGUUGGAAGCUCAGCAGCAUCACUCCUGGGCUCAGGCCUACCAUGAUCAAUUACCUGUCGAUGGAUUUCGGUACAGGUGUAUUCGUCGCCCCGACCAUCUUGAACGCUGGAACCAGGUUUAUCGAUCAAUUUCAGAAAACUUGUCUGACGAUUCACAAUUUAUUUCAGCGAACUCUUAAAGCCAAAAUGGAUUUACAAAGGCCCGAUUGGGGUGGCCCUUGGUCUGAUAAGAGUUUAGUGGCACUUCAAGAGGUCUCGGUUGUUUUUACAGUCACUGAAUCUCCUCCCAGUCCCGGCAGCGGGACGAAAUCGACCCCGAUGAGCGACAGUUUUUGGGUCACAGGGAGGCUGUUUCUAUCCCCUGUUCAUCGGGAGCUGUUCGUUUGCCACCAAGAUGGCGUAGCACAAGAUAUUUUGGAUCUUGCCUUCCAUUUAGCAUUCGGAGCCGUCCUUUAAAAUAGAUUUUCCUGGAUACUCAUCGAAUUACUACAAAAAAAAUGUGUUUUCCUUUUAUAGUGUGCUUGUUAUUUAUUUUAUCCGCAUAAUGUGUAUGCCAGGGGAAGCCUUUCCUUGAACGCGCCUUUCAUUUUUCUCCCCAGAUGUCGCCACGAUCGAAUGUUGAUUAUUUAUUUUUUCAUGAGAUAUUGUAAUCUGUUGUUUGCUGAUAUAUUUCGAGUUGAUGAAAAGUAAAACAUAAAUCGAAUGAAAUACGAAA